CUCUUCCCGAUUCCGGCGACUCUGAAACGACACCUGAAGAGCAGAAACUUGUCAGUAGUCAGUGGCGGUGGGAGAAGCGGCAAUGCGAGAGGAACAUAACCCAGGUCGUCGAAGUGGAGGACUGAGGUCGUUGAUAGAGCCACGCUUCUUGUCAUCGUUUGCUUUAAACGACGGUGGUUCGAUUUCUGGACGGAGAUCUUCCUACCUGAAACUUCCUCCUCAGGGUCGUAUCAAGCUUUCCGUCGUUAAGCUCAACGGUUCCCUUUUCGCAGAUGUGGAAGUCGCAAAGGAUUGCUCCGUGGCAGAGCUCAAAAGAGCUGUGGAGCAAGUAUUCAACAUUUCUCCCCUGGAAGGUCACGGCAGGAUUUCAUGGUCCCACGUCUGGGGUCAUUUUUGCUUGUGUUAUCGCGACCAGAGAUUACUCAAUGACAAAAGUAGCAUCCGUUAUCUCGGUCUCAAUGAUGGUGAUCAAUUACAUUUUGUAAGGCAUUUGUCGAUAGACCACUCUCCUAUGAACAAAAGAUCCAAGAGCCUGAGUUGCAAGCGCUACCUUGAGUUGGAAGGGGAUUCCAACGCCAACAAAAUCCAAAUACAAAGCCAAAACCAGAACGGUGUAGAGGAUGUAGCUGAGAAGUGUUAUCCAGGAGCACAAGACGAGUUACCGGCAGCAGAAUUCAGACUAGCGAACCUAAUUAAAGGAUGGUUGCCCUAUGCUGGACGUUGGGGUGUGUCCAGAGCAGGAAAUGAGAGUCGCAGUGGUCCUUCCAGAUUUUCUUUGAAGCAUUACGGUGGCAGGCCCAAGAUGUAAAACUGUAAGUCACAACCUCUUCUUCUCUCCCCUUUUCAAUUUCCUCCUUUCUUUCAGUGAUCUGUCCAGGAUUGUAUCAAAAUAUCCAUAGUUUUUUACGAUUUUCAUAUCUAUAAUUUUUCUUCAUGCAUUAUGAAAGCUGAAACAAGGUGCGUUUUUAUUCGCGUAUUUUCAGUUUAGAACACUCUAGUAAGAUGAGCUGAUUUGUAAUACGACAAUAAUAAGUUGAGUAUGUGUUAAUUCAGAGUAACAUGGCACGGUAAACCUUAUUCAGGCUGAAAAUGGUUUAACCUGUACUAGCAACCUACUGAGCCCGAUAAUUGGCGUCACCAUUUUGCUGGCCAAACCUAAGUUCCAACCAAGAAUCUAAGAAUGACCCCCGCCCCUCCACUAGCGUAUGAUCAUCUGUUUUUGCCUUGUUAUGUAAAUAAUCUGUCAAUCGUUGUCAUAUUUGCAUGCUUCUAUUUGUAUGAAGUUAACUUACUGACAAUCUGGAUUCAAUGGGUGCCAUGGUUCACAUGAUUUUAUGAUUUUAAAUGAUUCUUCUUAGAAAGACGAUUGAAACCUUCCUAGUAUUUUAUUUUUUUUAUUUUUCAAGUUUGUACCACCAAUGGACCAGAAUCUCAUUGAAUUACUAUUAUAUGUAAGCUAGUCAAGACUUUCACAAGUUGCUAGAAGCUUGAGAAUAUUGUUUCCUUAUACAUCUUGAGAAAGCGAAGAACCCACUCGUAGGGCAUUGUCUUUUUGAUAUUAUAAACACUCUUGGAGAAAUUUGACUCUUAAUGAUCGGAUAAAUUUUUGGCCGAGAGUAAAGGUUUGUUCUUGUCUUCAUAAAAUAGUUUUCUGUUUUUUUUUUUUUGGAUUUGGUUGAUUGGCUGGUAAAGUAAAAAAAAUGCAGAAAUCGUGGAAGCAAUUGCACAAGAAGAGAGCGAGUGUCAAACCAUAGCAAGGCUCAGAAAGACUUUCAUUCUCGAUCUUUUCCUGCAAUUUGUCAUCCACGAAGAGUAUACAACUCAAUAUAAAGUAAUCUCUCCAAAGGCAGAGCCACUGAGGUUGUUACAGGUCAGGAUUCUACUUUGUAAAGAAAUAGGAAUGAGGGAUCGAUGGAUAUCUGCUGGGACUAAUCUCUCUCUUGCUGGGUCUAAUCUAGUAAUAUUAAAUGUGUAAUAGUCUUAUUGUCCUGCAUGCACUGGACUGUAACAUGAAAAGGUGAGAGGCAUUGUGCAAUAUAAAAAGUUACACUAUCUGCCAAGAGUUUUUUUAAA